AGCGCUGAUUGGAUAGUAUCUGCGAACAGGAGCAACCUGCCGAAGACACUCUGCGCUUCUAGGAGAUAAAGACCAGAACUGUUCCCGGAGAACAUCAGACAACAACCGUCUACUUUCACUGAAAGAUUAAUUUUUUUAUCCGCGUGAAGAAGAAAAAAUUGAUUCUGCAGCCAUGUCGGUGAACAUCCACAUCAACAGCCCCAAUGUGAAGUACACUGAGACUCACAUCGAGGCGCAAUACUCCUACCAAACCGCCUCCGUGCAUCAGGAAGGGAACAAAGUCACGGUGACCCCCCGCAGCACCAAGAUGACUUUCCGGACUGAGCGGCGCGUCCCCCGGCUGGGUGUGAUGCUGGUGGGCUGGGGAGGCAACAACGGAACCACCGUCACAGCCGCUGUUUUGGCCAACAAGCUGGGUCUCACCUGGAGGACCAAGAAUGGAGAAAAGAAAGCAAAUUACUUCGGCUCCCUGCUGCAGGCGUCUACUGUUUGUCUGGGCUCUGGCCUGGAGGGCGAGGUCAACGUGCCCUUCCGUGACCUUCUGCCCAUGGUGCACCCUAAUGACAUCGUCUUUGAUGGUUGGGACAUCUCCUCGUUGGAUCUGGGCAGAGCGAUGGAGCGAGCGCAGGUGCUCGACUGGUCCCUGCAGGAGCAGCUGCGACCGUACAUGAGCUGCCUCAAACCGAGGCCUUCCAUCUAUAUCCCAGAAUUCAUUGCAGCCAACCAGGAGAGUCGGGCUGACAAUGUCCUCACAGGCACCAUGGCAGAGCAGAUGGAGCAGAUCAGAGCUGAUAUUAGAGACUUCCGUCGGUCCAGUGGUGUCGACAAGGUCAUAGUUCUGUGGACGGCUAACACAGAGCGCUUCUCUGACAUCGUUCCAGGGGUCAACGACACAGCCAAGAACCUGUUGGCUGGAAUCCAGGCUGGAGCAGCAGAAAUUUCUCCAUCCACGCUUUUUGCUGUGGCCAGUAUCCUGGAGGGCUGCGCCUACAUCAAUGGCGCCCCACAGAACACCUUCAUCCUGGGCGCCAUCGAGCUCGCCAUGCAGCGAGGCGUCUUCAUUGGCGGAGAUGACUUUAAGUCCGGCCAGACUAAGAUCAAGUCAGUUCUGGUGGACUUCCUGGUCAGCGCAGGUAUCAAGCCAACGUCCAUCGUGAGCUACAAUCACCUUGGUAACAACGACGGAAAGAACCUGUCUGCCCCGCAGCAGUUCCGCUCUAAGGAAAUAUCCAAGAGCAACGUGGUGGACGACAUGGUCCAGUCCAAUCCUGUGCUGUACCAGCCUGGAGAGAAACCUGACCACUGUGUGGUGAUUAAAUAUGUCCCCUAUGUGGGAGACAGCAAGCGUGCCAUGGAUGAGUACACAUCCGAAAUAAUGAUGGGAGGGCUCAACACGAUUGCACUUCACAACACCUGCGAGGACUCACUACUGGCCAGCCCCAUCAUCCUGGACCUGGUAAUCCUGACAGAGCUUUGCCAGCGUGUGAUGGUCAGGCCUCAGGGAGAGGAGGAAUUCCAGUCCUUCCACAGUGUCCUCGCACUGCUCUCCUUCCUCUGCAAGGCCCCCCUGGUCCCAUCAGGGACUCCAGUUGUCAAUGCGUUCUUCCGCCAGAGAGCCUGCAUAGAAAACAUCAUGAGAGCGUGCAUUGGUCUCCCUCCUCAGAACCACAUGCUGCUGGAGCACAAGCUGCAGAGAAACUUCCUAACACAACACACUAACUACAUAAGCAACGACGUGGCUACACUAAAAAAGGUUGCUCUGGCCAAUGGGAACCACAUCCCUGUAGCGCUGACAAAUGGCAUUUAUACCCAGGAGAGCCACACAGCUUGUGCUAUGUGAUGCUACAUACUGCCCUGAAGCCCAAAUGGGACUGCUGUAAAUCUUAAAGCAUUCUUUGAGAUGAACAACCACUCUGAUCAAAUACAGAAAAAUUAACUAAACCUGCUUGAGAUUAGGGACCAUUAUUUAGAUCUUUUGGAAACUCCAACAAACAAUUGACCAAAUCUGUUUAUGUAGGCUAUUCUAACAAUUACAAACAUAGCAAAAGUAUUAAUAAAAUAUUUUAUGAUCUUUUUAUGAGUUUACAAGGUAGGCUUAUGUUCUAAUUCAGAUAAGUUUUCACUUCAGUGCAAUGUUUGUGUGUAAAUGUACUGUAUGGAUAUCUGUGAAAACAGAAGUUUUACAAACACAAUGUGGAUAUUAUAGCUAGUAGCUA